AUUUACCUAUAAAAAUAGGUCAUUAUGAUCACAACAAUAUUCUUGGAUAAGUAACCUAAUAAUUUAGAUUAUUCAUAAUUAAUUAAAAUUUAAAAUUAUUAUAGAAAAAUUAGUAAAAAAAUCAAAUUAAAUCAAAUAAUUAAAUUUGAUUUGAUUUGAUUUUCAAAAUUUUCAUAAUACAACUUACAUUACACCCUUUAGUUUCCACUUUGCCGGGAAAAUCAUAUAGGGGAGUGGAUUUAAAUUUGUCACCAAAAACAAAUUACUACUAUACUAUAAAUGUAGCAACCUUUUAGGGACUAGGGUUUAUCUUUAAUAACAAUUUCACAAUAAUCAAAUCACCAACUUCAAAAUCCCAAAUGUCAAAAUCCAAACCCCAAAAUCCCCUCCCCAUUUCUUCUCCCUCUCAAUUCUCUCACUCCGUCACUAAACUUGCAGUUACCCAAAUCCUCCGUUCAAUUGGAUUCAAAUCCUCGAAAUCAUCCGCACUUGAAACCCUAACUCGUAUCGCCACCCUCUUCCUUCAAUCCCUCUUUGAUUCCGCCGCCUCUCACGCAAAUUUCUCUUUCAGCCACUCUAAUUUGAAUGUGUUUGAUAUUAUUCACGCCAUUGAAGACCUUUCUCUACCCGUCGGAUUUGUUGGAGCUUCCGACAUUAAUCGAACUUAUUUUCGCUCUAAAACGAUUCAAGAUCUUCAGUACUUUCUUGACAAUAAUAAUCAAGUUCCCUUUCCUCGUCGAGUUUCUCGCUAUGUACAAAAUUCUGGGUCGUCUGUCAUUUUUUCUGGGAAAUUUGAUUCUUUGAAGGGUAAUGAUGAUAGAGGUCCUCAUAUUCCGAGAUGGUUACCAGAUUUUCCUGAGAUUCGAAUCGAUGAUGUAAAACGGAAUGGUAAAGAGAUUUUAUGGGAAGAGAAAAGGUUUCAGUGGUGUCCACCAGUGGUGGUUACGAAGAUGAAGAAGGUCAAAAGAGAGAUUGUGUUGCAAGGGAGAAGAGAUAGAGUGAAGUUUAGGUUAGGGAUGAGAAGAAGGAAUGUCAAAGUGGGUGGGUUGGAUGCUUUGGAGCUCCGGAAUGGGGUUUGUAGAGGUGGUAAACGGGUUUGUUUGAUUGAAAGAGUUGAUAGUAAGACAUUUUUCCAAGAUGAUGAUGAUGAUAAUUGAUAACGAUAAAGGUUUUAUUGUAAACAAAUUAAUGUCAGUUUUUUUUGGGUUGAUUUGAGAAGAAUGGAAAUAAAGAUGAUUUUCAAGCGAAUUGGAUUGUGUUGAUCAAGCAAGCAUCAAAGUAUUUUAGGUAUUUUUGUUAUAUUUAGCAAGUAUUUUACUUUUCAUUUAGUUGACUGUAUAUAUUAAUAUGAUUUUAGGAAGCAUUUAACAAACUAGUGGUGAUUAUAUUUAGAAGCCAAAGGCAAGAAAUUUUUGUUGAUGGGGCUUGCAUCAGUUCCUCCCUUGAUUAUAAUUGAAGAUAUUGUUGAUAUACAAGUAGUUCUGUUUUCAGUAUUCUCUUUUCUUGAAGCUUGUUUAUGAAUAAUUUCGUUUGUCUCUUGAAGCAACCUUGAAGAAAAACUGGCUUGAUUUUAUCAAUUGAUUUCA